UCAGUAAAAUUCAAGAUGCGUGCAUUCAUUGUUAUGUGCAUUGUGGCAGUCGCCUACGCCGAUAAGCUGGGCUAUAAUUACCAGCCAGUGAGGCACUCUGACUCUGGACUGUCCUUCAGCCCAGGAAUUGGGGGAGGCAGCAUUGGAGAUGGAAUAAGUGGUGCAUUGAUUGGAGGUGGCAGCGGAAACCUUGGUGGUAUCUCCGGAGGCAGCCUCGGUGGUAUCUCCGGAGGCAACCUCGGUGGUAUCUCCGGAGGCAACCUCGGUGGUAUCUCCGGAGGCAACCUCGGCGGUAUCUCCGGAGGCAACCUCGGUGGUAUCUCCGGAGGCAACCUCGGUGGUAUCUCCGGUGGCAAUAUCGGUGGAUUGUCUGGCGGUAAUCUCGAUGCUCCCGUCUCAUACAACGCACCUGCCCCAGCUGCUGAAUUACAGAAGGAAUUCUUCACCUACACCGCCAAUGAACAGGACUUUGAUGAGCCACAAGCUUUGGAUAAGGUUUCCAACUCUCUGAACAAGGGUCUGCGUGUUGUCUUCAUCAAGGGGCCUGAAAACCGUGGUCUGGAGAACGCUGCUCUGGCUCUGGCUAAACAGGCCGCCCAGCAGGAGACCGCCAUCUACGUUCUGAACAAGCAGGCCGACAUCAGCGAUCUGGCCAACAAACUGAAUGCCAUCCGCAGCAACACCAACAACAAACCCGAAGUGCACUUCGUCAAGUAUCGCACUCCUGAGGAUGCUGCCAAUGCACAGCGUGCCAUUCAAGGACAAUACGACUCUUUGGGCGGAUCCAGCCAGUCUCACAAUGGAGGUGUUGCUCCUGUUCUCAACUUCGCUUCCCAGGGUCCGGCUCGUCAGAUUAACGCAAAGUCGCCCGAUAAUGCCUACUUGCCCACCUCGAUUUUCCGUCGUGUCUAA